CUCGCCGCACCCUACGCCUGCGCGUUCAGCCAGCCCGACCCCAUCCCCCAGGUUUUUCGGGUGGGGGAGGGGGCGCGUCUCGGCGAGUCACGAUGAUGGCGGCCACCAGCCUGUGGUGAGGUAGCGGAUUCUCUGCUGCUCUCGCAGAGCCCCUGGCGCUUCCUGCAGACUCAGUGGCUGGCGCCGGGCGCGAGAGGAAGCACGGUGGCCCGUGCUCGCGAGGAAGGCCGCAGUCGCGGAGGCAGCGGCGCGGCCCGGGGCCAGGGCUGGGGGAGAGGCCGCUCUGCAGGGCGAAUGUGACAAGCCCCCACCCCCAACGCUUUCCUCCCGAGUGCGCGAGGAGCGCGGGCGACCCCGGGGCCCCGCCAGGCCACAGACCCCGCCCAGCGGCCAGCACCCGGAGCAGGCCCGGCAGCGGAGCUGCGCGGCGGCACCAUGCUGGUCACCCUGAAGACCCUCCAGCAGCAGACCUUCAAGAUCGACAUCGACCCAGACGAGACGGUAAGAGCACUGAAAGAGAAGAUUGAAUCUGAAAAGGGUAAAGAUGCCUUUCCUGUAGCAGGUCAAAAAUUAAUUUAUGCAGGCAAAAUCCUCAAUGAUGAUACUGCUCUAAAAGAAUAUAAAAUUGAUGAGAAAAACUUCGUGGUAGUUAUGGUGACAAAACCCAAAGCAGUGACAACACCAGCACCAGCUACAACUCAGCAAUCAAAUUCUGCCACCACUACCACAGUUACUUUCUCCACAGCACCAGCUGUGGUUCAGGCCCCAACCCCUGCCCCCACUUUGGCUCCCACUCCCACACCUGCAUCUGUCACUCCAGCAUCAACGACAGCGUCUUCUGAACCUGCACCUGCUAGUGCAACAAAACAAGAGAAACCUGCAGAAAAGCCAGCAGAAACACCAGUGGCUGCUAGCCCAACAUCAACUGACAGUACAUCAGGUGAUUCUUCUCGGUCAAACCUUUUUGAAGAUGCAACAAGUGCACUUGUGACAGGUCAGUCGUAUGAGAAUAUGGUAACUGAGAUCAUGUCAAUGGGCUACGAACGAGAGCAAGUAAUUGCAGCCCUGAGAGCCAGUUUCAACAACCCUGACAGAGCAGUGGAGUAUCUUUUAAUGGGAAUUCCCGGAGAUAGAGAAAGUCAGGCUGUGGUUGACCCCCCUCCAGCAGCGAGUACUGGGGCUCCUCAGUCUUCAGUGGCUGCAGCUGCAGCAACUACGACAGCAACGACUACGACAACAAGUUCUGGAGGACACCCUCUUGAAUUUUUACGGAAUCAGCCUCAGUUUCAACAGAUGAGACAAAUUAUUCAACAGAAUCCUUCCCUGCUUCCAGCAUUGCUACAACAGAUAGGUCGAGAAAAUCCUCAGUUACUGCAGCAAAUUAGCCAACAUCAGGAGCAUUUUAUUCAGAUGUUAAAUGAACCAGUUCAAGAAGCUGGUGGUCAAGGAGGAGGUGGUGGAGGUGGCAGUGGAGGAAUUGCAGAAGCUGGAAGUGGUCAUAUGAACUACAUUCAAGUAACGCCUCAGGAAAAAGAAGCUAUAGAAAGGUUAAAGGCAUUAGGAUUUCCUGAAGGACUUGUGAUACAAGCAUAUUUUGCUUGUGAGAAGAAUGAGAACUUGGCUGCCAAUUUUCUUCUACAGCAAAACUUUGAUGAAGAUUGAAAGGGACUUUUUUUUAUCUCACACUUCACACCAGUGCAUUACACUAACUUUGUUCACUGGAUUGUCUGGGAUGACUUGGGCUCAUAUCCACAAUACUUGGUAUAAGGUAGUAGAUUCUUGGGGGUGGGGAGGGGGGUCUAGGAUACAGGGCAGGGAUAAAUACCGUGCAUGUCUGCUUCAAUUAGCAGAUGCCGCAGAUCCACACAGCGUGUAAAAUAUUAUACAACCAAAAGUCAGCUUUUGCAGGUCUUUAUUUCCUCUAUAAAACAGUAGGUAACUUUUCCUAGGUUUCACUCUUUUUUAGUGUACUAGAUCCAGAAAUUUAGUGUAAUGCCCUGCUUUAUAUUUCUUUGACUUAACAGUGGUUUCAGAAAGAAUCUUUGCUACCUAGAAUCUACAGUCCCUAUUUUAUGGCAACACUGGAUAAUGGCUUUGUGAAAUUGAAAAAAAAAAAAAAAAAAUUGGAGCAACUGUAAACAGAAAUGCCAAAUUAUUGAUGGUUAUUGUUGCUGCUUCAAAUAAGUAUAAAAUUAAUGUGUAAGAAAGCCCAUUCUUUCAUGAUAAAUACUUGGGGUUGAGGGGGGAGAGGGGGAAUCUUUUCUUAAAAUGAAAAUAAUUACUGCUAUUUUAAAUUUCUUGAUCAUUGAAUGUGAGACCCUUCUAACAUGAUUUGAGAAGCUGUACAAGUAUAGGCAGAGUUAUUUUCCUGUUUACAUUUUUUUGGUUUGUUUUGGGGGGAAAAUUGGUAGGUGUCUAAUUACUGUUUACUUCAUUGUUAUAUUGCAGUAAAAAGUUUUAAAACCACA